UAAAGUGCAAGAAAUAUUAUCGAUUAUCAUUUGUUUAUAAACAAAUCUUAUCUAUGUUUCCUUCUGUCAUUUUUACUUCAUCAAUACUGCGAUGUGAUUGGUGGUUAUUUGUCUCGUUGUCUUUGAUCGUGAUAUUUUACGCAGUCGAUAAUUUUGUGCAUGGAAAACAAAUGUCAAGAUUUUGCCUAUGUGAACUAAAUGUUGUGUGAAUAUUUUCUCAUAUCUAUCGAUUCACGUUCGUGCAUAUUGUUUUAGGGAUUAUUGUUGGAUUUGUGUGAAUUGCGAUUGUUUGGAAUCACUAAUUGCAAGUGCUGGUACUAAAAAUAUGUUGAAAAACAAUUGUGACGUCACAAUCCCAAUCAGCUGAGGCGGUGUGUGGAGGGAGGGUUGAAUACGAUAAGUGCAGCAAAACAAAUAAGAUGGGAGGUGCAGUGAGCUCCGGGCGCGACAACAAUGAGCUGAUAGACAAUCUGAUGGGGGGCAACUACAUCCGUACGCGGCCGGUGGAGCGCGUGUUCCGCUCGCUCGACCGGGCCGACUACAUGACGCCCGAGGCUCGAGAUCAGGCGUACAAAGACCUAGCCUGGCGGAAUGGGCCGCUACACAUGUCUGCGCCAUGUAUUUAUAGUGAAGUGUUAGAAGGACUUGAGCUGAAGCCGGGGCUCUCGUUCCUGAACAUCGGCUCCGGCACUGGUUACCUGAGCACCCUGGUGGGCCUCAUCAUUGGCUCAGGUGGCAUCAACCAUGGCAUCGAAGUACAUCCAUUUGUCAUGGAGUACGCUGUCAAGAAACUAGGACAGUUCAUAGAGAACUCACCUACUUUGGAUGAGUUUGACUUCUGUGAACCUAAAUUUUAUUGUGGUAAUGGCUUGUGCAUCGCUCCGGUACAAACUCCGUACGAUCGCCUGUACUGCGGCGCCGGCUGCCCUGAAGAGUACCAGACCUAUUUCAAGAAACUCAUCAAGGUGGGCGGCGUGCUGGUGAUGCCGCUGAACGACAACCUGGUGCAAGUGAAGCGCGUCUCCGCCACCCACUGGGUGUCGCGCAACCUGCUCAACGUGUCCUUCGCCACUCUGCGCGUGCCCACCAAGGAAGAGUCAGUUGAACUCGUCAGACUUGACGAGCAGUGCCCGCCGCGGCUGCAGGUGCUGGCGCGCGCGGUGGUGCGCGAGGGCAUGCGCGCGGGGCUGCUGGCGCGCCACCCGCACCUGCGCGAGCCGCCGCCGCGCCGCCCCGCGCCCGCCGCCGCCUGCCCGCGCCGCAUCUGCAUCCCCAUCGAGGACGACAGCGACGUCGAGGGGCUGAAUGCUUUACACGACCUGGAUCACGUGAACGGUGCCAAUGAAAUGAACGCACUGCUGAGCCUCGUGCUCAGCAUGGGACAGAACCGCGUCGCCGGCGCGCUGCGCUUUGACUCGCUCGACUCGCCAUCCGACUCUUCGGCAGACGAGGACGACGACAGCGGAGCCAGCGGAGGCGGCGGCGACGACGGAGGCGGCGGGAACGGAGGCGGCGGGGACGGAGGCGGCGGCGGGGACGGCGGGGACGGCGGCGACCGACCCGCGCGGCCGCCGCGUCCCCCCCGCUCUGACCGCGCUCACGUGCGCUCUCUGCGCGUCGAGCGCCCAGCGCGCGCCGAGCGACACAUCCGCGCCGAGCGCGCCGCCGCCGCAGCCGCGGAAGCCGCUGCUGCCGCCGCCGAGGCCGCAGCCAACGCGGCUGCCGCCGACGCAGCCGCUGACGACGCGGCUGCUGACGACGAGCCGCCCGGCCCUCCGGAGUGCGCCAAGCCCGCGCGCUCCUGCCGCGGCCUGCUUACCUUCGAGUUCCAGGACGACCACCGCUCCCUGCGCCGUGACUCCUCGAUGACCUCCGAAUCCUCGAAGACCUCGACCGACUCCAGGAAGUCAGACCCCCUCAAGGUGCCCGCCGAAGUGGAAAUAUAUUUGGGCAAGGAGGUUCCGAGCACGUCCCGCGACAUGGAAUGGGAGGGCUCGGUGACCGAGCAGAGGGCGGAUUCCUCCAGCGAGGAGGAGACCACGGAGCCAUCCAAGGAGCAGAAGAGGAAGAAGUUGGACAGCGGCAUCGGCGAGGGCACCACCACGUCCAGCAGCGCCUCGCCCGCCAAGUCCGAGUCCGGCGUGUGCGACGAGUCCGACGCCGACAACGUGCGCUCCGACAACCUGUCCGAUAUCGAUGAACAAAAUGUCGAAGGUCGUCGGCGGCGGCAGAAGCGCGGGCGCUGCGCGCUGGGCCCGGCGUCGGCGUCGUCCACGGAGUGGUCGGGCAGCGGCUCGGAGCAGUCCACGUCGACGGGCGGGCGCCGGCGCUGCAAGCGUCGCGCCGGCGCGCGGCCCGCCGAGCCGCGCGGACGGCGCGGAGGCGCGGAGCCGCGGCGCGCGAGCGUGGAGCCGCGGCGCGGAGCAGGCCCCGACGCGCGGCGCGUACGCCUGUCGAUCCUCAUGAAGCGCGGCGUGAAGGAGCUGCCGCUGCCGUACGCGCUCAAGAAAUACGUCAACCUCGGCCGCUGCUUCGAGUUUUAAGCGCAGGUAUGAGCCACUCGCCUGCUACGACUGAAUCACUUGAGAACGCUACUUAUUGCCAACUACCAGCAGAAAACGACAUCCGAAUCGUUACUAUUGUGAGAAAUUAUAUUUCUAAUUCGUGUUUAUACAACUCAAAUUUCGAUUAAAUUGAUAAAGUAAUUUCCGGUAAACCAUGUGAUUGCAUUUGAGCUUUAUAUACACGCUUUUAGGGUAUAUUAUAACUUGCCAAUUAAAUAAAUAAAGAUUGUAGGCACGCACUUUGAUUGCCCGUCUUGCAAAUGACUCCUUAUUCUGCCACGACUUCCAAAUAACUUUCUAGGUGGAAUCGUAUGUGGAGGCUUAUGUUUAUUUUGAAAAUAUCUGCGUAUAUAAUGAAUAGUCGAUUUAAUAUCGAUUAGUACAACUAGUCGAUUACAAACCCAAUUUUGACAAGGGCGACUAGUUGGUGUAAUUUAAUAUUAGAAUUACGCAGUCUUUUCAAUUUAAAAGUAGGUGCCUAUCGGUAAAUUAAAUAUAUUGGACGUGUCAACUGUACAGUCGGGCAUAUAAUCAUACUGGACUGAACUUUAAUGACUGACCAUUGUGUUAGGACUUCUUGAAACUAUGGAAAUAGAAGCAAUUACGUUCAUAAUUUCCUCGAUAACCUCGAUUAGAUUUUGAAGAACAUUCUUUCAUAUUUUAAUAGAGCUAGUUGCCAGGGUCAACUUACCAAACGAACUCUAGUCAGUCAUUGAAUUUCCUUUGUAUACCGUAUAUUAUCAAUAUAUAUUUAAAGACAUUAAUGUUUUAGAGCCAUAAACAGUUUAAUAUUAGUUUUGUCUCAGGUUCAUUCGCGUACCUAUUAGUUACCCAAAGCCAUAGCCAAUUAAUAGCACUGACUUAACAAAAUGGUGUUACCGUCAUUAAAAUGGACAAUGGCAAUCAAGAAGCAUAACUAAUAUUAAAAAGUUAAAAGCCAGUUGCUAGAUCUCUCUCUGAGCGUAACCUUUUUGAUUGUAAAUAACCUAUUUGUAGGCUAAGUUCGGCCACUUCGAUGGAUCUGGAUAGGACGUCUCGAUUUUUAAAAUGUGCCGCCAUUUUGUUGUAUGCGACAGACACCGGCAAUACCGACGUAGAUCGUCCAGUUGACUAGUAAAACUGUUCUACUUAUUAAAUACAGACAACGGAACUUAAAAACAUCACCAUUCAUUAUAGCAUUUGAAAUAGCUUGUUAGUCCUUUAGGUUCAUAACGACAACUUCCCAAAAUGUUCACACUCCCAAGACGUCCAGUUCACAAAAUGUAACACCUAUAUUUUCUUAAAAACGAAAAGGAAAGUUUUAUAGUCCUUUUUAAUCGUCUUAAAAAAGGAGGAGGCUCUCAGUUCAGAUGUUUGUUUAUGAGAUGCGCAUAUCGGCUUAUGAGAUGCGCAUGUAAAUAUAUAUUUUUAAACACUAAUUUUAUAACCUUAACAUUUUGAUUAAAAAAAAAACUAUUUAUAAAAUUGACGUUUUGAGAGUUGACUUUAUGGGAAGUGGACUUUUUGGGAAUUAUACAUUUAUCGUCGUUAUGGGAAAGUAGACGAAAUGGGAAAAGGACAUUUAUGGAAUUAGCAUUAUGGGAACUGGACGUUUUGGGAGUGUGAACAUUUUGGGAAGUUGUCGUUAUGAACCUAAAGGUUGUUAGUCACUGCCUUAGUUUCUGCCGUGUACAAUGAAAUAUGGACUUUAUAAACAUUUUUCUACGCCGUUAUUAGGCGAGUACUGCAGUUAUCGUAGAUUAGUUGUUUAUUAUUAAGACUGUCGGAGCUCUGACACUCAAAUGGUCUAAACGCAUCGUAGGGAAGAAAAAUCGUCACUUGUCUUCGGUUAUACGUAUUAGUAAAAUGGUUAAGUAUUAGUGUUCCGUGCCAAAUUCUAUGCAUUGCCUAUUUUUCCCCCAUGUGUAUGAUAAUUUAUAUUUUUAAAUUUGUCCAGUUUCUUUGACCAGUCUUAUGGUUUGGGGAUUUGAUGAUCGUGCAUGUAUUUCCAUGGUUAGCACUGCAGUGUCUAGCUGACAAUUAAUUAAGUAUAUACUGCUACUUUUUUGUAUAAGCACGGAUACCCAACAUGUCGGUCCUAGUCAGUGUGUACCUUUAUAGUUUGAUGUUCGCGUUGAGACCAUUUGAUGGACAGCUUAAUAUGUGUCAUAGAAAUACUCAUAACUUUGACUGGAUAUGGCACUUCGUUGAUUUCUGAACUUCUUUACGAGUGUUAUGUUGAUCGUGAACGAAUGGCACUUUCAGUAAUUCAGUAAUGAUUUUUCUGAAUAUAAUUUUUAAUAAUCGUGGUC